AUGGAGUUCACAUCUGUUACUGCCAACAACAACAAUAUUAAUAACGAAAGCAAAAAUACUUUUCAAUUUCUUGCUUCUAGUCCUCCAAAGCAAACUAAAACACAUCCACCACCCUCGACUGUUAUUCAUAAAGCUAAUUAUAAACAUAACCCUUUAAAGUCACCAGUAGAAUUACGACAAAAACGUAUAGAACUUGACGUACAACUUCGUAGGAAACAUCAACCAGAAUUUGAUUUGAGUCCAAAAGAUAUUGAAAAAUUGAAAUCAGGUUUAAAUGUUGGAUGCGUCUAUGUAGAAACAAAGAAGUCACUCCAAGGAUUAUUAAUUUUAGAAGAAUCUCAAGCUAAAGGAGAAUUACUUAUCGCAAAUGCAAACGUUGCGUUAGAUGUAUUGAUUGUAUUGACAGAUUGCAACGAAAAGUGGACUAUCUUUUUCAUAACCAAAGUUGAAAAUCCAGUCGAGCAAUAUUACAUUGUAACUGCAGUAAUUGAUGACCGUGGCAAGGCAUUAAGUAUAAUCAAACAUUUUGUUUUAGAACAGGGAAGCAAAUUAGAUAACAUUAUAGGAAUGAAUAAGAGAGAGAGUUCAGAAAAAAUUAUAAAUAUUGAAGGACCAUUAUCAAAAAAGGCGAAGUUCAGAGAAGCUGUUAUAUUUUGUGAUGAGAGAAUGUUGGAUAUGAUUCCGGAUAUGACAGAAGAUGAAUUAUUUCGUAUGAAAAUGAGGUGGGAAUUAAAGAUGCUUGAAAAAUUGGUUCGUAUGGAUGAGAAACCCAUUAUACAACAGUACAUAUCAGCUUUUAGUGAUGAUUACGAAAAUCAUGAACCCUCUGGUUUAAUGUCAAUGUUUGCAUAA